AUGGAUGAGGAAGAUGCGGCUUUUAUUCGUUUGCUGGCUAUUGCACCAGCUCAUAGAUCGCCCCAAGAGAAUGCCGCUAUAUUUAGUUAUCUACGUACAAUUGAAGGUUUAAAUAUUCCUGGCCCAUCAUCAACAUAUCGUGAUGCUGAAUUACGUUCAAUCAGUCGAUAUGCACGUCAUCGUCGUGUUCCAGGCGAUGUGUUAUUGUAUCACACUGGUGAAUGGUGUGAUUCUUGGUUUAUUUUAUUAAGUGGAUCGGUAUUAAUUGAAAGCUCUAUGUUUUUGCCUCGAGCAUGCUUUGGAACUCGUACCAAUGGAAAUUUUUAUCGCCGUAAUGAUUGCCUUGUCCUUGAACCAUCUGAUCUUGUUGUGAUUGAUUAUUUGGAUAAUAAUAGUUUACCUGGAUCGUUUACUACCACUACUACUGCUAUUACUGAUACACCGCAUCGUCAGGCAAUAGCUCGUCCAUACAACCAUAAUAAACGUGCUCAGAUACCAAUGUCUCCAAGUCGUUAA